GGUCAAUGGGCAUCUAUUACCUCACCUGCCUGCAGUUUCUGACGCUGGCCGCUUUCGGCCCCAGCACCGACCUGGCGUACGAGCUGCACAGGCCGGCAGUGUUGAGCAGCGAUGGGGUGGCAGGUGCCUUCUGGUCGGUGUCGCUCGGCCUGCCCGCGUUCCGGCUGUCGAGGGCCUCGCCUCUGCGCCACGACGGCCUCGCGAGCGGCGCUGCGCUGGCGGCAGUGCUCGCGCGGCCUGGCGGUGGGCGGCGAGUUCGCUUUGCCGAGGUUGGCGUCUGGCAGUCCCUUGGCGACGUCCUCCCCCGCGGCGACCUCAGCCGCCAGAUCGGCGCCCGCGGCCAGGGCAACCUCAGCCGCCAGAUCUGGCGCCGCGCCGGCUUCCGGCGCGGAGGCGACCUGGAGGUGACCGCCUUUUGCGCUGUCUCUCCUUGUCGACGGGUCGAUCCCGAUCGAUUGCCGAGUGCCAUCCGACUUCAGACUGCUGCGCCCUUCUGCCGGGCUCCCUGCCCCCUUCGGGGGGGAAGCAGUCGAGCAACGAGACGCCGCCAGUGGGAGCCAAUCCGUGCGUGUGAGAUUCCUUGUGGUGCUCGCCCGGAUACCUUCUGCUCCGUCUGAAUGGUGAGCGGGGUCCAGGAGGCUGGACCGCGAAGCCGGAUCGAGGAG